UGACACUUGGGAGUGAUUAGUAGCACCCAUGGUGGUGAGUCAAAAGUGCCCAACUACUACCCCCUACUGCCAAACACUGUGGUCGCUGCCUGACUUUUGCAUAAAAGCUGGGCCCCGACCGCCGGUCCACAUUGCGGUUCGGUUCAACAAGUUGCGAAAAAAAUAAAAUAAUAACGAGUAAAGAGAGGCUGUGUGCUAUCAAUGAGCCUUAUCAGUUUGAAAAUAAUUGCGGGGCAUCUUUCAGAGAAUAACAUCAGUCGGCGUCAAGGACGCCCAUAGGACGAGAUGGCUUCUUUUGAUCCUACAGAUCACCAGCAUAUAAGAUGGAAUCCCCUGAAAGCAGAAUGGGUACUGGUUUCACCUCAUCGUAUGAAGCGUCCAUGGAGCGGACAGGUGGAGAAGACUACAGAGGAGGAAGUGCCCGAAUUUGAUCCUAAAAAUCCUCUCUGUCCUGGUGUUACGAGAGCUAAUGGAGAAAUUAACCCUGUUUACGAAUCAACCUUUGUGUUCACAAACGAUUUCCCUGCUCUCUUGGAAGAUGUUCCUGCUCCCAAAACAGACCCAGAGGAUUCUCUUUUCCAAAUGAAAAGAGCAAACGGAACAUGCCGUGUCAUGUGCUUCCACCCCAAAUCUAAUGUAACCGUUCCUCUGAUGUCUCCAAGUGAAAUACGAGCUGUCAUUGACAGGUGGAUUGAACAGCAAGAGGAGUUAGGACAAAAAUUUGAGUGGGUUCAAAUUUUUGAAAAUAAAGGAGCUGUUAUGGGAUGUUCAAAUCCCCACCCACACUGUCAAAUCUGGGCAUCGUCCUAUGUACCAAAUGAACCACGGGUAAAAGAUGAAAAUCAACUGGCAUAUUAUUUGAAGCAUGGACGUCCAAUGCUGAUGGAUUAUGUGAAGAAGGAAUGCGCUAAAAAGGAAAGGCUUGUCCUUGAAAAUGAACAUUGGAUUGUAGUUGUGCCUUACUGGGCUGUUUGGCCUUUUGAAACUAUGGUUCUUCCCAAAAUGCAUGUGCAACGGUUUACAGACCUUACUCCACCCCAGCGUGAUUCACUAGCUGACAUCAUGAAACGUGUAACCACAAAAUAUGACAACCUCUUUCACACCAGCUUUCCUUAUUCAAUGGGCUGGCAUGGUGCACCCACAGGGAAGUUUUUAAAAGAAGAUUUGAAGCAUUGGGUUUUCCAUGGAAUUUACUAUCCUCCUCUUCUUCGGUCAGCGACAAUUAAGAAGUUCAUGGUGGGCUACGAAAUGCUGGCACAGUGUCAGAGAGACCUCACUGCAGAGCAAGCAGCAGACAAACUUCGUCAGCUGCCUGAAGUUCACUACAAGUUAUCAGCAAAGAAGUAGAAAACUAUCUGCUGCCCUGAUGGCAAACUCAUGUUAGUUCUCAGUUCACCUGCUUUCUCAUCAGUUUCUCUGAAAGUUUGGUGUAAUUUCACAGAAGGUUGUUUCUAAAAAUAGAUGCUUUAUGUACAAAA